GUUUGCUGACCAGCUCUUUCUCCAACAAAGUAGUCAACUAAUUUUGCUUUUGAACGCUGAAAACUCUCAAAUAAUGAGCGGGGGAGUGUAUGGAGGAGGUAACAGUUUUGAUUUUUAUACAACAUUUAAGUGUUUAUACUUUCUUGAGCUUACGAAGACGGCUUUGUUUGUAGACGAAGUUGGCGCGAUUGUGUUCGAUGUUGGCGCCCAAUCAGUCAGAGCUGGUUAUGCCGGCGAAGAUUGCCCCAAGGUACAUGUUAUUUCCUUUAUUUUGUUUCCUUUUCUUCCCCUUCUGGUGAUAAGGUACCUCGUCCGAAUACAUUUAAAAGUUUUUUUUGGUCAUGUUUUAAAUCUUGGCGUGAUAAUAUUAAGGUUUUGACACUGAUGGAUCAUGGGAAUUAUUUCAGAAUAAAUUGCCGGGAAUUUCAAAGGCAUUGUGUAUGCAAAGUUUGCUGGUGUAAUGAAAUGAUUAUGAUAGUGAGUUAGGGAAUAACGGUAAAGAACUGUAUCCUUUCUGCUAAUUACUACUGGAUGGUACUUGAUUUGUACAGAAUAAUGUCUAUGUAUGUCUAUUUGAAACAGCAAUAAAGGAUGCUCCUUAUUAAAAAGUAUCAUACUCACAGGUAGCCUAAGCUCUACCUUGUUAAUAGAGACCUUAUCAACAUCAAUGUUUGGCCAUCGUACCACAAAAUUGUAAACAGUUAACGGUUUUACAUACGUCUACAACCCAUCUGCCUUUAUUCAGAAUUUAAGGUUCACGGAUGGUAACUUGUGGCUGCUAUGUUUGUUUUCAUUUAUUAAUUCAUUCACUUCUAUUUUAGCUGUGGAAUCAUCUUCAAAAUUAUGUUUCAAUGUAAAAGAAUGUACUAAUAUUAGCAAGCAAAGGAGUUCUGAAGUACUCGUAUAAACCUCUCAAAAAGUGGGAUUGUGAUGUUUAAGGGUGCAAAACAACUUGUUGUAAAUCACUUUAUACCUCUCAAGCCGAGUCUAGCUGUACUAAUAUGAACCUCAAAUCACAAAGCUGACAUCAAGGCACUGCUUACUUGACUUUUUGAUGUUUGCAGUUUGUCAGAAAUGCCAAAGAGUCUCAAUCUUAAGGUCGCUAAUAAUAUCAUGAGUGUAUCACACAAUGUUUUUAGCAUGACAGCUAUUGCAUUUGUAUGGGAAGUUAGUGGCAAGUAUUCUGUUAAAAGGGAAAAUUGUGAAUGCUUGGUACUGAAAAUAAUUGUCGACCUAGACUCCAUUACAAGACUUUCACCAAACUGGUUGGCAUGAUUCUAGCAGUUUUAUUCACCUUUUCAAGAUCAAUUUGUACCACUUUGUCUACCCGUCGUACAGUAAAACCAGGUCAAGCGUUCCCAUUGCUAACGAACUAAUGAACUCAUUAACGGAAAAAUGAUUUCAUUUGUUGAUUCAAUAAUCCAUUCAUAAAAUGAACAAUCCAAUAUUCAUAAUUAUUACAUAGAUACUGACGAAAUACCAGGAUUUUUCCUUUUACUAAAAAAUCAUAUCUUCAUCGAGUGCAGUGAAGAUACUAUUUUUAUCUUUCACAUGUGAGGAUAUUGCUGUCGCCAUGGUUACUAACAUGAUUUGAUUUUGAUUUUGGAACAGGAAAUAUGAGCAUUAUUGUCUUUAUUAUUUUCUUCUUUCUAACUUUAUAUCCGAGUUUUAUAACAUUUUUGUGACAGGCAUCUUGCAAUAGGUGACCACUUUAAUUGCACUAUUUUAUUGUUUCGAAAAUGAAUAUAAAAAAUGUAGGAAUUUCAUCAGUAUCUAUAAAAUAAACAGAACAUUACAUGGCCGCUUGGGGAUACCAAUUUUAUCUUCUCGUGCUGAAAGUAUCUCUCACUCGUUCGCUUCGCUCACUCGUGAGAGAUACUUUCAGCACUCGAAGAUAAAAUUCGUAUCCCUGCGCGGCCAUGUAAUAUCCUCUAUUUAUCCUUGAUUCCAUAAUCGCAUGUUGAUUCGAUUACUGUUUUUGAAAAACUACACUUUCCACCAGUCGACCUCAGAAUUUCGUUUUUUCUUCUUUUUUUCUAAGAGUCAAGUGCGGGCGAGUUCUGAAGUUCAAACCCAAACAAACUGUUACAUGUAAGCCAUUUUGCUACCGGUAUUCAGUGCAACAGACCUUACCUCUUAGAAAACACGAUGGUCAAACUGAGGUCAGUGUAUGAGCGGUGAUUGGUGGAUUUCGAUCCUCGGCCUUUGUCAGUUUCUUUGCGUUUACGGUCUGUCUAUUCUAGCUGUUAUCAAUGAAAAACGCAAUCGUAGACGGGCAGGAAAAGGGAAGCAAAUACGAUUGAACACAACAGACGAGAAUAAAGAACAGGUAGAUUUUGUUCAUAAACCAAAUCAAUAUUUAAUUAUUGAAUCGAGGUCCAAUUUGACUGUUGGAUUAUUCAUAUUAUGAAUGGAUUAGUGAAACAACAAACGAAAUCAUUUUUGCAUUAAUGAAUUCAUUAGUUUGUUAGCGACAGGAACGCUUGACCUGGUUUGACUGUAAGCAUGCUUAUUGCAUGUUGUUUUGUGUUAUGUUGCAGUAUGAUGUUCCUACAUUUAUGGGAGUAGUAGAAGAAGAAACUAAAGAAGAAAUCAUGGAAACAGAUGUUCCAUCAGAAGGUACAACUACUACUCAAUGUACUGUGUAUUGUUAGGAAUUUCAUGGGGUUCCAUAACCAAGCGAAAAUAAAUAUUUAGGCCCCAAUAGUUCAAAAGGUGGAUAGCACUAUCCCUUCAAUAACUGGAUCGCAUUAGUUUCGCAAAUACAAAUGCACUUAUCCACUGGAUAGUGAUAUAUCCGGUGGAGAGCGCUAGCCAACUUUUGAACAACUGUUGUCAGAUUAUUGAAAACGUAAUAUGCAAAAUUUGGGGGACAAACAGAGUGUUUUGUGUGAAUGGUGGAUUUGACAAUAGUCUAUGAAGUGUGGAUUAUCAAAAAUUGUAUUUAUACGUACACUGUACUGUAUGCACCUGUAUGGAAAGCCUAGUAAUAUUGUCUGUAACUGGGUAAUUUAUAUUUUGUGUCUUGAUCUGUUCUUUCCUUUUUUUUUGGCAGAAAAGCCUAAAGUUGCGGAGAAAAAAUACUUUAUUGACACAAAUAGUAUCCAUCUACCCAAAAGUAACAUGGAGAUGCUAAAUCCUGUUAAAGAUGGAAUGAGUAAGUAUUGAACAUAUAUGUGGAAAAAAAUAACGGUAUGACAGAUGAUCAAUGAUCAUCAGACGCUAUACCAUCUUCCAAGAAACACUCGUCCCCAAGGAUUACAAUUUGGCAUUUGAGUUUUACUGGUCCCAAAUUUGCAGCAAAACCCAAAAUUUUGUGAUAAUUUCACUCAGUGGAACGGAAACUUGAACACAUUAUUUUACUCUUUACCUCUGGAUCCCCAUGUAUUGAAUAAACAUUGAUUAGUGUCAUCAGUACAGAAUUAUUUUGAAGCAGAAAAUGCAAACAUGUUAUUCUUUGUAAUGAAAUGUCCCAAUAGCCAAAAUAUUCGAAGGUUGCACAGUGCAUAAUUGUAUCUUGUGCUGUAAAGGUAUGCUUUUCCUCUGUUGAUCAUUACCAUUGUGGUCUUUUUAAUCACACAGUUGAAGACUGGGACAUGUUUGAGAAACUGUUAGACUACAUUUAUGCCAAGGACAUCAAAUCAGAAUCAGGGCUUCAUCCUGUUCUCAUGUCAGAGGCCUCAGUAAGUGAUAGAGACAACACAAUACAAGUCAUGUAUAAGCAGCAGUGCCAAUGGCAAGCUGAUCAUGAAGGGAGGCAAUCUUUGUGGUUUUUGCUUUGUUUUUUAUAAUAACUUCCUUGUUAAUACACAUUCUUUUGUGAGCUGAUUAUUUCAAAGUUAAAAUUUCUGUGCAAAUCGGGACAAUUUACGAUCAUUCUUUUUUUCACUGGUUAUUUUUUGUUCAGAUUAAUGUUAGUUGUUAUGAUCAAUAAUAAUUAUAAAAUAAGUUUCACACCUGGCUGUAGAAGGAACGUCUUCAAAAACUGUAUUUUUCCCUUUUGUCACAUAAUCUCUCGUACAUGUACAAUUGUUUCAAGGUUGUAUCAUAAUUAUUUAUAUAUUAUACAAAGAGGGCAGCCACAUGUUAUGACAUAAAGUUUGUUUUUCUUACAGUGGAAUGUCCGUCCCAAGCGAGAGAAACUCACAGAAUUAAUGUUUGAAAAGUACAAUAUUCCAGCAUUUUUCCUCUGCAAAAAUGCUGUGCUAGCAGCAUUUGCUAAUGGAAGAUCAACAGGUCUUGUAAUAGACUCUGGGGCAACACAAACCAGUGCUGUCCCAGUGCACGAUGGAUAUGUUCUCCAGCAAGCUAUUGUUAAGUCUCCUUUAGCUGGCGAUUUCAUCACUGCUCAGUGCCGUCAGCUGUUUGAAGAAAAGAACAUUGAAAUUGUGCCACCUUAUGUUAUCGGCAGUAAGGUAAUGUACAUUUCUGCUGUAAUCAUAAUCUAAGGGCAGUGAUUUUGUUACCUCUGCAUCUCACGUCCCUGGUGAAUAAAAAUCCCCAUAGACAUGAAAACAAUUGAUGGCAUGCAUCCUGUACGACGUAAAGAUCAAGUGAUUGAUCUGAACAUGUCUAUUUGUAGUAAUAUCCCACUCAAGUAAUUUCUGUGGCAGUUAUAAAAUUUAUGGCUGUUGUUUAACAAUGCAUAUUUCUUUCAGCUUUUGUUCUACUUUAAAAUAGAAGGACUAUAUUAUUUUAUUUUUAAUUUCAGUAUAAUAUAAUACAGAGUUUUGGAGUCUGUCUUCAGAUUAACUGUUUGGUUUGAUACAUAAAGGCCCAAGCAUUUUCAAUGUCGGACUUGUUUUUUUUAACUGGAACUCAUUGGUUCUGGAAUGGAACUCAUGAUUUUUCACAAGAUAAGUCCCAGGACUCACCAUAACUAUUUGUAACAAAAUCAUUGAAGGGGCUCUGUACAUGGAGGGAGGAAUAGCUGUAGCAACAGGAAAAUCCUAGAAGGCAGAUCAUCCUAGUGCAUAAUGUUUUCUGUAUUCAGUUGACGUACAAAGGGUUGUUCUUGUCCCUACGAUCUUCCUAGCUGUGAGGAAGAAAAAUCUUAGCACCAUGUACUGGUAAAUCACUUUGAUAGGAAAAUCCUGGUACUAAGGACAAACGAGACAAUGAUGAUACAAACAUGUACAGUCUGUACAUGUAUUGGUAAUCAUGGCAAUAAUGGCCGACCAUUUCGUUUUGUGGUUAAUUGCCAUGAGCUGAUAAUUGUGAUAAUUCUGCUGAACAGUAGUUAUUAACAACAGUAUUUAGAGAGCUGAAGGUUACAAAUUGCAUUUUUGUUAUUUUUGCCCGCCUUCUUUUUAAGUUCCUCUUCUACAAAUGUACUUGGUAACCACACAGACCAAAAUUUCAGCAUGUAAACCCACUGAAAAGUUCUUCUGCCUCUUAGGACUUUCCUGGUGAUAGGAUCUUCCUCCCACAAUAUAAACAGCCCUUAAUAACUAGUAGUGCCUUAAUUGUGUGAAAGAUUUGUAUUUCUUUGUGCAUGUUUAAUGCCAUUUUACACCGUACCAUAAACAAAUUAAUCUGAGCCCCUUUUCUAUGUGAGUGCUUGUAACAUGUGUAUGUCACUAACCAGUACAUUGGUAGGUUUUGUACUUAAAAGAAUUAAGGCCGCUUUUUGAUGUAUAUGAAGAAAAGUUGUCCCAUGAAGAAAGGAUUGCCCGCCAACUCAAGCUACCCUGGGCAAACCUUCUUUUCAUACAUUUCCUUACAAAACAUGGCGAAUUGUUUACAUCAGAAACAAAAAGUUGAAGAAGAAGAAGGGUGAUCCCCCUAGCCCUCCUAGAAAGGCCAACUUUCCUCCUUAAAAACACUUUCGCUCACCCAGCUACGUCAACUCAGUCAAGGCGAGACAAUCUGAGCAUGUUUGAAUGCUGUUGUAGACAAUAAGGGCAUAUGUGAGUGCUGUUGCUUUGGGCUCUUCUAGCUAGGGCAUCUUUUGUUCAUAUAAAGGGGGGUGAACUGUUCAAACUGAAUUUCUUACAUGUAAUGAGUUUUUACAUGUAAUUCAUAGGAAGCAUCAAAAGAAGGUGGACCAGCCAUUUUUACCAAAAAGAACAGUCUACCGUCAGUUACUAAAUCUUUCCACAGACACAUGGUUAAUGUAAGUACGUUAUACACUGAGCCUGAAAGAUGUUUUAAAGUUUACUUGUAUGACUAACAAUUAACAAACUACCUACCUGCACAGUGCUACAAACUGUUCCAAUGAGUCACAGUGUCUCUACCAGUGCUUUCAUCAAGUCCUUUAAAUGAAACCAUUGCAUUCCAUAAUAAUAGGCCACUUACAUUAAUAAGUCAUGUGACCAAUGCUUCCUUUAGAAAAUGAGAUGGAAUCUUGCUGAUGCGAAAACUUGAAAGAGCACACAAAAAUUAUCUUUACACUCCAAUUUUGAAAGGAAACACAUUUCAGGGAAACAUUUUAUGGCACUUUGAUUUUUUCAACAAAGUAGUAUGAUUUGUAUUCGCUGCCAAGUUGAAAGGGAUACUCUUGCCCUCCAACGUGGUGGCCAGAACUACUUUUUGCUUGUAUGCUAUCUUGUUAAAUGUUUGAUAGUUGCACUCAGAUGUGCUCUAAAUGUUACCACAUCAUCUUUUCAACAUUUUCCUGUGAAGUUUAACUGCAAAAUUUUUUUUUAAAAGAUGUAAUUCUUAAUUUUAAAAAUCACAUUUUAGUCACAUGACCAGCUGUGAUCUUGCUCAAUAUUUAAGAAAAUGGUACGGGUUUGAGAAACCAAAUCACUAUUAUUUUGUUAAAAUAUGACCUAGUAAUCGUUUUUUGAAGGUAGAAUCAUAUAACUUUCAUUUUCAUAAAAAAUACAAUUUCACAUGACCUUUUAGUCAAAAAAAUGGCCUAUUGAAACAAAAAGGAAAUUCCUAUCAAACUGGUUGUAGACUUAAGGAUGCCUGAAAUUCGAUGAGGUUUUAGCAUCUCUCAUAAGACUCCUCCCUUUUUGGACUGGGACUCGAUAGUUUUCAAGAGAUGACUCCUAGGACUCACUACAGAAUAAAUUCUGCAACACUCAGGUGCAAUCUUUGUUUUGCCUUGUAGUAUGGUAUUGUUGAUGGGUACCUGUAUGUUUGACUAGAGUACAAAGUAAGCAGAGGUUCUGUUUGUGGGGGUGCUUGUUUGUUUCGCUGUAUGUUUUACUAAAAUUGUUUCUGGUAGAUAAUAAUCCACUUUGUCGUUGUAGGAAACUAUCCAAGAUUUUCAAGUCAGUGUCCUUCAAGUCUCAGAUGGCCCAUAUGAUGAAGGGUUAGUCUUGUGUUGCUUUUUUCAGCCUCCUGUGCGGUGUUUGAUGUGAUCUCUAUCAUCAGGUUAUCGAUAUCAUACCAUUUUGUCUUUUCCAGUGUUCUAGGUAACAUUCCAGGAGUACUCUAUGAGUUUCCUAAUGGCUAUAACAACACAUUUGGUGUGGAGAGAUUUAGAAUUGCAGAGGGACUUUUUGAUCCUUCAAAUGUUAAGGUUAGUCAAUGAAAAGUUGCUCAAUUGUUUUAUCAUAUUGCACGUUUAAAUACUUGUCUGCAGCAUAAACUGUCAUAAAUAAUCUACAGUGCAAUUAUGCAGUGGAGAAUAAUAUUACAUGUAUUUAUUCAAUGAAAGAUAGUGAUUCCAUUGAUUCAGGUGAUAUUAAUAUUCCUUGUCACAGAUGUGCCAGCGUCCAAUCAUGUUUGCAUAGUGCAAAACAUGUGAGGUAUCUUAAAAUAUCAGUGCCCUUUUUAAUGCUCUUAUUUUAUCUGUGAUCAACAAACAAUCAGGUAGCCAGUUCAAACAAAGAGGGCACUUGGAUUGUUUUCCUUAGAUUUAGCUUUGAGCAGAUCUAAUUAUCUGCCUUGUUUGACUACACAGCAAGUUGUUAGAAAAUUGUACAUAACAAAAUUAUUGAUUGAUUGAAUUUUGAGCUAAUAUUUAUGUCCUUACUGAUUUCUGUCAGGGCAUUGAAGGUAGUACGGCCAUCGGAGUCACACAAGUUGUUACCACUAGUGUAGGAAUGACUGACAUAGACAUAAGAGCAGUAAGUUGAAUCUACUUGUCAAAUGUAUUUGAGGUAAAGUGUAGGUCAAUAAUGCCAGUAAACAACAUAUUUUUCUAAAAUUGUGAAAGGUUUGAACCCAGGAGUCAUUUCAUAAGUGGGGUGAGUAUAACCUCUGGGUGAACGUAGACCUGAAUAGGACUGUUGUAAGAGUUGCUGACAGUGACUGACAGUUCGACAACCUGUGCAGUAGUCAUCUUCAGAAUGUUAUAUUUUUCCAUGGUAAAUACAUGAAGGACAGGGCAGAAGCAAGAAACCUUUUAGUAAUAAAGACUGUAUGUACUCUCGUUAGUCAAUGAUUUGCUGAGUACAGUGUUUGCCAUUUUUCUUUCAGGGCUUAUUUGGCAGUGUGAUAGUGACUGGUGGUAACACUCUUCUUCAAGGUUUCGUUGAAAGACUCAAUCGUGAGCUUCUCACCAAGACACCUCCUGUAAGUAUACAUGUACUAUGUUUUGCACUUCAAGGCUUCUUGUGUUUGUUUGUCUGUUUGUUUUGUUUUGUUUUGUUUUUACUGUAAAAGGGAGAUUUCAUGUGUUUCUGAUUACACCGGGCUCUAGCUAUGUAAGAAUCAGAGUCUAAGGAUUUUGCCUGGCUACUCAAAAUGUGAGCCAAUAGUAUUAAAGAUGACACAUGAAACAAAGAAAAUGUCAGAUCUCUGUCCACUGUGCUAUUUCCUUUAAAAUUCAGUGACAGAUCGGCGUCCUCCCGCCACCUCUCUCCCCUUUCACCCCUUAUCCCUGUCACCCUACAGUCUUCCUUUGUCAUGAUAACAAAUGAAUGAGUGUCUUAAUCGUGUACAAAACGCACGCAUGACUAUAUGCUGGGCCACCUAGUUUGUAAACGUGGCAGAUACUUAAAAAGAAGUCUAUAGAUGUGGAAAAAUACUUAGCUACCCAGCUCUGUGUUUGCAAACACAUACGUUAUUUCUAAGAAUAGCUGAGUGGUCGAGGGGUAAGGGAACACAGGUCACGAUCACAGGUCACCUAAUUACUUCAGUAGAAAAACGCGACUUGUGCUGUUGCAGCCACGUAGAUAUCUCCGGCUAGUCUCCUAACAGUUAGAAUUCUGGGCCCAGUUCCUUUCUAUUCUAUCCUAUUUGGAGCGUCCGGAUCUCGUGGUUGAAGCUUAACAUUGCAUUUUGAGCCCUAGUUACAUGUUCCUAGACAAGGCAACUUCGCUUAAAAUUUGGCUUUAUUCUGUCAUUAAACUUAACCAUCUCUCGAGAAACCGAAUUGAGAUACCGGGGUAAAAGAGACAGUUUUUAUUGACUAAUCUCUUGAUUUUUUGUUUGUUUGUUUGUUGUUUUUAUUUUUUCAUAGAGCAUGCGUCUAAAACUGAUCUCUAAUAACACGCCCAUGGAGAGGAGAUUUAACCCAUGGAUAGGCGGCUCAAUUCUGGCCUCACUUGUAAGUUCAGAAUUCCUUUUUUCCUUUUUUUUAUGUGUGAUAAAAAAGGGGAAGAACGGUUAUGCAGGAAAGCGGUGAUACCUUAUCGCCUUGCUUUCUUCAGUUGUUAUCAAAAGGGUAAAAGCCGUUGAAUUAUUAACUAAGUAGGUACGACCUUCAAUAUUUUUAACCUGUUGGAUGGGCGUUUUGAGAUGCAAGCAAAUGGGACAAAGCCUCAGUUUUUUGUUGUUUUUUUUUUGUUUCACAACAAAUAUCACUUUAUGGAUGGCCCACAUUGCUGUCGGUUCCGUGAUGUUUCGUUUAUAUAAACGGUAAAGUAUUAGGAAAACUGUCCUUUGUAACUCACUGCAGAGUCACACGGGAUGUGCAAAAGCGUUGCUGACCAGUACUUUGUCUCGGAAACUUAAUUUGGUAAUUUUUAUUUUUAUCUGACCCCGAUUUCUUUUUUAGGGUUCGUUUCAACAAAUGUGGAUAUCUAAACAAGAAUACGAAGAUCAAGGAAAGGGAUGCGUUGAAAGAAAGUGUCCCUGACUUCUCCGCCAUAUAGACUAGUGAUACAAUGUAUUGUACCGUAGUGGACUCAUUUCAGCUCCUUACUAUGUAACAGAUGUCGCCGUUUUGGACUGCCUCCGCCGCUGAUUUAAUAUCGCGGACUCCUGAAGAACAGUGUGCUCAGAUGACUUGUUUUUAUUCAGUGGUUUCAUGGUAACGGUUUAUGAAGCUGAAGUCUUCACAGGCCUUUUUAGUACUAUUGAACUACAUGCAUAAAGGCAAUUUUCAAAAUGUUUUUAAAUCGAGUUUGAACUACUUCUCCU